GUCCGCCUGCCGACCCGCCAGUCAGUUGGCAGCGCGGGCAAGAUGCUCAGGGAAGGCGCUGCCCGACGUCCACCUUGAGCGCAGGUCUUUUACUGAUGAGAAAAGUGGGCCCGGUUGCCAGCUGACUCGCAAUUCCCGAGGACAAGAGGGGAAGCGGCUGAAGUCGAUUGUACAGAACUUUUCACAGCGCGGAUGCUGGCCGACUCGCUAUUCCCGAGGAGGCGAAGAGAUCCGACUGGGAUGGAUAAAGACAGAUCUCGCUGCCUCGUCGCAUUCGCACUCUCCUACACGAUAACAUGAGCUCAAGCGACCACGAGAAGGAUCACAAAGGCGGCGAGCUCGGCGAGGCGAAGACGCCCGUGGUGGUCGACGAGGCGGCGUUCAAGCGCGCGUUGCUCAAGCUCGACGUCAUCUUCUUGCCCGUCAUCACGCUCGUCUACUUCCUCAACUUCUUGGACCGCUCGAACAUCGGCAACGCAAAGGCCGCGGGGCUGAUGGAGGACCUCGGCAUCAACGCCAAGCAGUACUCCAUCGCACUGACCGUCACUUACGUGCCGUACAUUGCCGCCGAGCUGCCGCUCACCCUCGCGAUCAAGAAGGUCGGCCCGAACAUCCUCAUCCCUACGCUCGUCGUCGCUUGGGGCCUGGUCACGACCUUCCAGGGCUUCAUUCACAAUUACGAGGGAUUGCUCGCCGCGCGCUUCUUCCUUGGCGCGACGGAGGGUGCGAUUUUGCCCUCGUCCAUGACAUACCUGUCCAACUUCUACCGCCGGGCCGAUAUGGGCAAGCGCGUCGCCUUCUUCUUCUCGGCGACAUCGCUGGCUGGCGCGUUCUCGGGCCUCCUUGCCGCGGCUCUGAUCAACAUGGACGGCCUGGGCGGCAAGAAGGGCUGGGCGUGGAUCUUCAUCAUCGAGGGCCUCUUCACCGUGGUCUGUGGCUUUGCCACAUUCUUCGUCCUCCCCCGCACGCCGGGCACGGCGUGGUGGCUGACGCCGGAGGAGCGGGCGGCGCUCGUGGCGGCGCUAGAGCGCGACGCCCCGCUCGCCGAGCAGCGCGAGAAGCUCACGCUCGCCGCGUGCGUGAGCGCGCUCAAAGCGCCCCAAGUCUGGCUCAUGUUCCUGCAGUUCUUCGCGUCCGGCGCGAUGCUGUACGCCAUGGCGUUUUUCUCGCCCACCAUCGUCGGCUCGCUCGGAUACAAGGGCACCAAGGUGCAGCUCAUGUCGGUGCCGCCGUUCGUGGCGUCGGCCGCGUUCGCACUCAUGUGCUGCUGGGCGUCGGACAGGCUCAAGAUGCGCGGCCCGUUCGUCAUCCUCGCAGCGCUCGUUAGUGUGGUUGGGUACGCGAUGUACCGCGGCAGCGAGGACAAGCAUGUGCGCUACGGCGCGCUGUUUUUGCAGGUCAUGGGCGCGUAUACUGUCGCGCCGUUGCAGUCGACUUGGAUGCCCAACAACCUCGCGCCGUUUUACCGCCGCGUGACGGGCAUCACGAUGGGCUUUAUCUCGACCAACUCGGGCGGCAUUCUGUCGACGUGGCUCUUCCCGAAGCCGCCGUUCAACAAGGGCACAGAUGUGUUGCUCGCGCUCUCGGCGAGCAUCGUGCUGUGGGCCGGGUUGAAUAUGGCGUAUUUGGGAUACGAGAACAAGAAGCGGGCGCGGGCGGGCGGGUACGAGGGC